CUUGGGAGGCUUAGUUUCACUGCGUGAACUUGGGGCUCACCGCUGCCCUCAGCUCCAGGUUCGGGGCGAGGUAAGACCUGGGGCGGGCGGGAGCACGGCUGCGAGGCGGGCAGCAGAGCGAAGCCGGCGCCAUGCCAGCGGUCCCAGGGUCCACCUGGAGGGCAGCGCAGGGGACCCCAGUUUCGAGCUGGGAGGGACCUCAACGCCCACCCCAUCUGGCCUUGGCCGGGGACUCCCGCGGCCCCACCAUCCGGGGAGGCCACGCGCUGGACCAGGUGGGAUAAUGAGGCCGUCCAGGCUCAAGAGUGGCCGAGGCGAGGCCAUCGAAGGGACCCACACGGGGCGGCAGGCUUUCCCCGCGGGGUCCGGUUCCUCACUCGAGAGGCGGCCGCUCUCCUGGUUCUUGAGGGGCUGCAAGCUCAGCGCCCUCCAGCUCAUGGCUCCCCGGCUGGUGGUGAAAGAGGAGGCCCUCCAAAUUUCCGCCACUCGGGGCCCUGCACUCCGCAGCCUCCGUCCCUUCGCUCCCCGACCCCUGGCACCCUGCCCGCCUCCGCUCUCCCUCCCCCGCCUCUGGGCCCGGCUGACGCUCGCUUGGCGCGGGGAUCUCCCGCUAGGAAGCUGCGCACCUCAGCUAAAGCUAGGUCCCUACCACUCUGCGGCACCUGGGACCCGCUUAAUCUUUUCUAGCUGCCUGUGGCUCAGGGGUGUUCUUGGGGCACAGAGUGCGGGUUCGGGAGAAAGCCGCGGGAGGGGUCGCUGAGUGCUGCGCAACUGAAAUGCCCAGGCCGCAGGUGCGCCCGCGUGUCUCGCACGCGGGGGCCACCGAGGGAGUGGGAAGUUGGGGGUGGACCAGAGUGGAAACCGACAAUGAAGGGGGAAAGGGACUGGCCAUGGCUUGAGAAUGGGCAGCGGGGCGAGAACUAGGAGUCUCCAAAGGGAAUGUCACGCGUGGUGGCGGCAGGAUCGGGGAAUGUGCUCGAAGGGUAGAGCCGUGCGUCGGGGCAGCGCUUGGCCUGCGGGGCGCUUAGCCAAACGGAGAGGCCAGAAAGCGGGGUAAGAGGACGGACUCCGGGGAGGCGGCAGGACUGCACGCGCGCCCGGAGCACGAGCCCGGCCAGCUGAGAAGGUGCCUUCUCUCCCGGCCUUCGGCGACACUGACUCAGUGGCGCUCCUCGGAGACUCCCUGGCCUCGUGGUCAUUGCCGGAGGGCGUCCCUCCUCUCCUCGGCAGCGCAGAGCGAGUGCAGGAGGCGGAUCCUGGACUGUGAACUGACGCGCGGCGCACAUCGGCCAUGAACCUGGAGGGCAGCGGCCGAGGCGGAGAGUUCGGCAUGAGCUCCGUGAGCUGCGGCAACGGGAAGCUCCGCCAGUGGCUCAUCGACCAGAUCGACAGCGGCAAGUACCCGGGGCUGGUGUGGGAGAACGAGGAGAAAAGCAUCUUCCGCAUCCCCUGGAAGCACGCGGGCAAGCAGGACUACAACCGCGAGGAGGACGCCGCCCUCUUCAAGGCUUGGGCGCUAUUUAAAGGAAAGUUCCGAGAAGGCAUCGACAAGCCAGACCCUCCCACCUGGAAGACGCGCUUACGCUGUGCUCUGAACAAGAGCAACGACUUUGAGGAGCUGGUGGAGAGGAGCCAGCUGGACAUCUCGGACCCCUACAAAGUGUACAGGAUCGUCCCCGAGGGGGCCAAGAAAGGAGCCAAGCAGCUGACCCUGGAGGACCCACAGAUGCCCAUGAGCCACCCCUACGGCAUGCCAGCCCCUUACACCUCACUCCCAGCUCAGCAGGUUCACAACUAUAUGAUUCCGCCCCACGACCGAGGAUGGAGGGAGUUCGUCCCUGAUCAGCCACACCCGGAGAUCCCAUACCAGUGUCCUGUGACCUUUGGACCCCGCAGCCACCACUGGCAAGGCCCGGCCUGUGAAAAUGGUUGCCAGGUGACAGGAACCUUUUAUGCUUGUGCCCCGCCUGAGUCCCAGGCCCCCGGAAUCCCCAUAGAGCCAAGCAUAAGGUCUGCCGAAGCCUUGGCCCUCUCAGACUGCCGGCUCCACAUCUGCCUGUACUACCGGGAAAUCCUGGUGAAAGAGCUGACCACGUCCAGCCCCGAAGGCUGCCGGAUCUCCCAUGGCCACACCUACGAUGCCAGCAGCCUGGACCAGGUCGUUUUUCCCUACCCAGAGGACAGCGGCCAGAGGAAGAACAUUGAGAAGCUGCUGAGCCAUCUGGAAAGGGGCGUGGUCCUCUGGAUGGCCCCCGAUGGGCUUUAUGCCAAGAGACUUUGCCAGAGCAGGAUCUACUGGGACGGGCCCCUGGCGCUGUGCAGUGACCGGCCCAACAAGCUGGAGAGAGAGCAGACCUGCAAGCUGUUUGACACACAGCAGUUCUUAUCAGAGCUCCAGGCAUUUGCUCACCACGGCCGGCCCCUGCCAAGGUUCCAGGUGACUCUGUGCUUCGGGGAAGAGUUUCCGGACCCCCAGAGGCAACGGAAGCUCAUCACUGCUCACGUCGAACCUCUCCUAGCCAGGCAGCUGUACUAUUUUGCUCAGCAGAACAGUGGACACUUCCUGAGGGGCUACGAUCUACCCGAGCACGUGGGCAGCCCGGAGGAUUUCCACAGGUCCAUGCGCCACUCCUCCAUUCAAGAGUGAACCUCCAGGCCGGAGAGGCCGUCGCCUUGUAAAUGCCCGACUCUGAGAACAGCGGGUUGAGCCCCCAGUUUUUCUUUCGAGGGACGUGGAGACUGGGGCUUCGCUUCCACACUUGCGGACAAUGUGUGUGGACACUCUUCUCCCCCGAAUUGACAGACACGCUUUUUCCAAAAGCAAAGAUGGCAUUCGAGGUCUUCUGCAAACACCACACCGAUGAUAAUGUGAAAAGCUCACCCAAGUGUCUUUAUGUUUACCGAAGUGCUGUCUCCAAUCGGACACGGACUCUCCUCCUGGAGCCCAGAGAGAGCCUGCACCCGUCACCCCGACGACAGCAUGAGAGCUCCAGGUGCUGUGUUUCUCAGGGAAGUCAAGGUCUGAGGCUGUUUUGCCCCCAGAAGAGACAUGCUGAUACCUCUUCGCUGUGUUCUGCAAAGCCUGCCCAGAGCAGGGCACAUGCUCUGCUGCGGGUGGGCCAUGCCUCGGAGCCCAGAAGCCGGAUGGAGAGACUCUGUUGCUUUCUUGAGCCAAAAAGCAGUAGGGCCCCCUGAGUAGUGCAUUUUGUCCUGUGCUGACUGGUUAAGACAUUUCUUGUUUGUCUUUUUGUAUCUCUUCCUAUAGACAUUGUUGCUGAAACUUUUUUCUUAAAGACAAAGAAAACCACCCAGACCAACAAGCCAAGGUUUGGAACUUGGUGGAGGUUCCCUCCUGCCCUGCUUGUUUUGUUUGGAGGCCGGUUCUCCAUGACAACCCCAAGAGGAGGAGCCAGAGCUUGUCAAAGUGGUGACCUCUGUAGGAAAGAUAGGACAGGGCCUCAGGGAUUGUGUAACUGCAGACUCAGUGGGCUGUUUCUGCUUAUUUUGUAUAUUAUAUGCUUCCUCAUGCCAGUAACAGUUUGACAGGGCCUUAAAAUUCCUGGGCUUUUUCCAAAUCCAUCUUUUUAUAGAACCACUGAGAUCUCCACUUGCUUAAGUAAACUUGCACUUAUGUUCCUUUUGGAAACAUACAGGUGUCUAGGCUGUGAUGGAGCAGCUGAUACUUUUUUCCCGCUAGGAAGUAACUGCCAUUACUUUUAAGCUCAGCAAUAGACUUGUUCUCAAAUAUUCUAUUCUAAUAUUUUUAAAUUCAUUUAACAAACUGUAUCCCUUGCAUUAGAGAGAUUACAGCUUUUAUGCAGUUUAGUCAGCAACGAAAUCUUGGAAUGUCAUUUCUUUCUUGUUUGGGGGAGGUUUUUAGCAAUAAAAAAACACAUAUUGACCUCACAGAAUGUCAACAGUAGAAAAGGGCAACAAAUAAAGCGAAUCUUCCCCUUUUCCAGCCCAAAUCCUUGUCCCUAGAAGUGUCCCCAGGAGGAGCUUAGGUCUUCCAACAUGUUUCACUUUUCUAUAAAUAUACACAGCCCUGAAAACCUCA